AUGCUCCAAGUUGACACAUAGGAGAAAUAUAUUUUAACUUUAGCUCAGUUUCAGAGAAAAAUGAUGGUUUUCAAUGAUAAAAUAAUCAAAUUUAUUGGGUUUUAAUUGCAAAAUAAUAAUCAAAGAGCUUUUGAUUUUUUCUAAGUUUAUUUUUAAGAAGGUGGUGAUCAACUAUUAUAUUCGUUUCAACUAAAAAGAUAUAAUAAUUAGUAAUAUGAGAAAAUUUUGAAUGAGAAUUCAUAAAAUUUUAUUGUUCUAUAAUAUGUUGAGGAUGGAUUGUUUUUGAAUUAAUUAGAAAGAGUUUCUUUUCUGACAUUCAAAGAAAUACUAUAGUAAUUGUGCCAAGCUAUUUUUUAACUUCAUCAAAAUAAAGUUUUAGCAAGAUGCAUUUCUUCUAAAAAUAUUUUUAUUGAUCGUCAAGUCAAUAAAAUAUAUUUGUUUGAAUAUGGAUUUAGUCCAAAUGCUAAUUUUCAAUAAAAGUACAAAGCUAAUUAUGAUAUUUAAUUAGUGAUAAAUAUCAUGAAGGAUUUAUAUAAACGAAAGUAAAGUGAUAAUAAUUAGUUUGAAGAUUUAAUGAGAAAAAUAACAAAUAUAGAAAAAUAACUUCCAAAUCUCGAUGAAAUAUAAAGUUAUCUUUAAUUUUAUUCACUUAUGCAAAGUGGACCUUCAUUAAAUUAAUUAUAAAACUUAUACACUUCGGAAUGGGUAUAAACAAUGAACUAAUUAAUCUAAAAUAAAGAUUUUCUUUCUCCAUUACCAUUUGAUUUUCAGGACCCUGAUUAAACAGAUGAUGAUUGUUAACACCCAACAAAAUUGAAAUUAUAAAAACUUGCAACUAAAAUCUUUUCAAAUAAAUAUCCUACUCAUUAUGAUUAAAUAGGAUUUAUGCUGAGAUUUUAGAGUGUAUUAAAUGAUUAAAGCAAACAAUUCAAUUUAGAUGAAAAAUUAAUUAAUAAAAGAAGAAAUAAAAUUUAUGAAAAUCUAUUAAAGUUUUGUUAAGUUAAUCUUAAAAAAAUAGAUGAUAAACUUCUUCCUAGUAUAAAACCAGAAAAAAAUAAAGAGCUCGAUUAAGAAGAAUAAAAAAUAUUUAUAAAAAUGUAUUGGACUCAAACAGAAAAAACAUAUACAGAAUUAUUUAAAGAUAAAGUUAUGAAAGUUUAAGAAAAUGGAAAAUCAGAUUUAACUUUAGAAGAAGCAAAAAUUUGUUUUUUGCUGAUUGCUAGUUUAAAGUAAUUUGAUUUCUAAAAUGUUUACAAAAUAUAUCGAUCUGGAGAGAUAGUUGA